CAAGAAAAAAACAAAAAAAAACAGUAAGGGGAUUUCAGCCUACGGCUCGUUCGGGCAGCUUUCCAACUGACGCCCCCCUUCUCUCACCCUCCACUUCCCUCCCAGGCCCCCCCAAUCCCAUACCCUACCCAUUACCCACCAAAACCCCAUAGUCUCGCCCGCUACAACGCUGCGACGCUGCUUUUUCUUAGCUUUCUGUCUCUCUCAUGCUGCCUUUCCCUCGGACAUUACGGCUCCCUUUUUUUUUUUUUUUUCCUUCUCAAAAUUCGCUGGGCGGGUUCCCUGGUGGGGGGGUGGAGACGAAUGGAGAUGAUGGUACCGCCUUGGGUCAAACCUUGUUUGUGCGUAGCUCAGUUCUACUUGGAGAUGCGUUUUUUUCUUCUUCUCUGGUCUACAACCAAGAUCAGUCUUGCCGCGUAAAGGACCGGGUGCCCCCUGCUCGCGGCCCUGACGCCCGGCGUUCGCACCAUUGUGUAGUCAGUCCAGUGGGAGGUUGUGCCUCUCUCCCGCACGUCACCACCCGCCUCACGGCAUUGACAACCAAGGCACCUCUUCAGCCCGGCAUAGAUUGAAGUGGCAUGGCAAGGUUCUUGUCUUUCAUCCCUCCCCCCCUCCUUGUCUUUUAUUUUUGAAUUUCUGAAGGAAUUAGCCAUGUCUAGUCCUCUUAUUAAAUCACAGGAGCGUGUGGGGGGCUUGCGCAGACGGGCCGGACCAGGCCUGUGUUCGGCUUCGCACGCACGCUUGCCUAUGCUCCCCCCUCCCCCGGCGGAUUGUUCCAGUCUCUUUCUCAACUGCCGGUUUGGUCGUCAGAGGGGAGAGAGAGAGAGAGAGAGGAAGA